AUGACGGAAAAGACCCCCUACGAGCAAGACAUUGUCGCGCACGACAAUGGCUCGCCGCCGCCGCCCGCGCACCCGGACGGCGUCGAGCACAAGACGGACCUGAACCACGUCGUGUCGGCCUUUGGCGGCGACGGGCACGACGCCGUGGCGCCGCGCGACGACCUCAAGCUCGUGGUGGACCGCGUCGACGAGAUUUCCACCGACGAGGCGCGGCAGAUCCUCACCGACAUGCUCGCGUACCACGAGUACGACUACAACUUCCCGUCGACGACGCGCGACCGCAUGGAGCAGCUGCUCGCGGGGCCCGGCGACAAGGGCGCCGAGGAGGACUGGUCGCUCGAGAUCCGCGCCGAGGCCGCGCUCAACCGCUUCUACUCGCCGUACCCCGAGGUGCGCGCCAUCACCACGCCCGACGACGACCCGGACAUGACGUGCGAGACGGUCCGCGCCCACCUGCUCGGCUACGUCUGGGCCGUCGUCGGCCAGUUCACAAACGCCCUCUUCCAGUCGCGCUUCCCGAGCAUCACCAUCACCUCGGCCGUCAUCCAGAUCCUGCUGUACCCCUGCGGCCUGGCCUGCGCCUUUGCGCUGCCCGACUGGGGGUUCACGGUGCGCGGCCAGCGCAUCUCGCUCAACCCGGGCCCGUGGACGUACAAGGAGCAGAUGCUCAGCACCAUCAUCUUCAACGUCAGCCUCUCCACCGCGUACGUCUUCUACAACCUGCAGACCCAGGAGAUCUUCUACGGCGAUAAGUGGCUCAACCCGGGCUACGGCAUCCUGCUGCUGCUCUCGACCCAGAUGAUGGGCAUCGGCUUCUCCGGCCUUAUGCGCCGCUUCGUCAUCUACCCCGUCGAGGCCAUCUGGCCGAGCGUGCUGCCGACGGUGGCGCUCAACCGCGCGCUGCUCGUCGGCGAGAGCCGCGAGUCCAUCCACGGCUGGACCAUCUCGCGGUACCGCUUCUUCUUUGUCGUCUUUGGCGCCAUGUUCCUCUACUUCUGGAUCCCCGACUACCUGUUUACCGCGCUGAGCACCUUUGCGUGGAUGUGCUGGAUCGCGCCCAACAACUUCAAGGUCAACCUCAUCACCGGCUCCCAGGGCGGGCUCGGCUUCAACCCGAUCCCCACGUUUGACUGGAACAUCAUGAGCUACGCGUACCAGCCGCUGCAGACGCCGUUCUUCGCCGCCAUCCAGCAGUUUGCCGGCGCGCUCAUCGGCGGCCUCAUCAUCAUCGGCAUCUACUUUACCAAUAUCAGCAACACGGCCUACCUGCCCAUCAACUCGUCGGGCAUCUUCAACAAUACUGGCGGCCGCUACGAGAUUAAGAAGAUUCUCGUCCCGGGCACCGCCAUCAUCAACCAGACGGCGUACGAGGAGUACUCGCCAGCCUUUUAUUCCGCCGGCAACCUCAUGCUGUACGGCGCCUUCUUUGCCUUUUACCCGCUUACGAUGGUCUUUAUCUGCCUGGACGCCUGGCGGCCGCUUCUGCGCUCCUUCAAGUCCAUGUUCCGCUCGGCCAUUGCCCUGAUCCAGCGGACCAUCUCCGGAACUGCCCGCACCGCCAAGGCCGUGGUGACGGGUCGCUUCCGCGAGGCCGGGCAGCACAUCCACGCGAUGGCGAGCUAUGACGAUUCCAUCUACGACGGCUUCGACAACCCGCUCACGGAUCUCAUGCGGGCGUAUCCCGAAGUGCCCGACUGGUGGUUCCUCUCCAUCGCCUUCAUCGCCUUCAUCUUUUCCAUCAUCAUCCUGACGACGUGGACGCAGCUGGACACGCCGGUGUGGACCAUCUUCUUCGUCAUCGGGCUCAACCUCGUGUUCCUCGUGCCGAUGAGCUACCUGUACGCCAUCUCGGGCACGACCGAGGGCCUCAACGUGGUGACGGAGCUCAUUGUCGGGUACGCGCUGCCGGGCCACCCGGAGGCGCUCAUGUUCGUCAAGGCGUUUGGCUACAACAUCAACGGCCAGGCGGACAACUACCUCGGCGACCAGAAGAUGGGCUUCUACGCCAAGGUGCCGCCGCGCGCCAUGUACCGCGGGCAGGUCAUCAGCGCCGUCAUCACCGCCCUCGUGUGCUACGCCGUCGUCGACUUUGUCGACCACAACAUCGAGGGCAUCUGCACGCCCGGCCAGAAGCAGCGCUUCACCUGCGCCGGCUCCGCCGUCGUCUUCUUCUCCUCGUCCGUCGUCUGGGGCGCGCUCGGGCCGCAGCGCGUCUUUACCCAGAUCUACCCCGCCAUCAAGUACUGCUUCCUGCUUGGCUUCCUCCUGGCGCUGGUGUGGUGGACGGCCAAGCGAUUUGGACCGAAUGUGCGCGCCGGGGCCAGGGCGUCGCUGCCGGCUGGCGUAUUCGGCCUGCUCAACCUCGGCCUGUUUGUUCCGCUUUCGUGGCUCAAGCAUGUGCACCCGUCGCUCGUCUUCAACGGCAUGAUUGGCUGGGCGCCUACGAACCUGUCGUACUGGAUUGGCGGCGUCUACGUCUCGGUCGCCUUCAUGUGGUACCUCAAGCGCUACAAGCUGGCGUGGUGGGAAAAGUACAACUACGUCCUGGCUGCUGCGCUGCAGGGCGGCGUGGCGUUUUCGGCCAUCAUCAUCUUCUUUGCGGUGCAGUGGAAGGAGGUUGACAUCAACUGGUGGGGUAACCUUGUGAAUGGAAACACGAUGGAUGGCGGCGGCGGUGAUAACCCGCUGGUUCUGUUGACGGAGAUGCCGGCCAAGGGUUACUUUGGACCUGACAAGUGGUAUUAG